CACAAGGUCACUUCGUCAGGUAGAUUCGAAAUAGCCCGCGUGAUGGAUUUGACGAUUUUGUCUGCUCCAGAUGAAUGCCUGCCUUGUGAUCCUGAGUGCUUGCUAAUAUUUUGCUACAUCAGGUUAAAAGGAGCACGUAUGAACAUAAAGAUGAAGGUACCUGAUCAGUUUACUGUUGAGAGCUUCCCAGUUCUCAGUCAUGAUAAUAAGGAUUAUCACAGAAUCCCAAUUGUCCUAACGUAUUUGAGGAAAGAAAAUUAUGGCUUAGAAUAUGACUUAUCUGACAUUGAGGGUGUUCAGUUGUGUGCUUUAAUUUCAACUAUAGAACGUCGUUUAGCUCCUGCUAUUAAUUGGUUCCUAUGGGGUGACGAUUUUGUUUAUACUAAUUUCACUAGAAAAAUGUAUUUUGGAUCAAUUGGACUUGUAAAACAGUUAUAUAUUCCUUAUAUCUGGCGUAACGAAAAAUUAAAUAAGGCAAAGUCUUCUCAGUUAGUUAUUUGUCUUAAGAAUAUGUCCGAUUCAGAAAUAGGCGAGUAUUUAUAUUCACUGGCCAAACUGUGCAUUACAUCACUUGCUUACAUUUUGGGUGAAAAUACAUAUUUUAUCGGCGAUCGACCAACUGCAGUCGACGCUUAUGUGUUUGCAUUUAUGUGGCCCUUAUUAAUGUAUGAAUCACAGCAUGGUGAUUCUAAUUGGUGGGAUAUUGACUACAACUCGUUAUCAUCCACUUGUUUACAAUCAGGUUCACAUCAUUUAAUCACACAUCUAUUACAAUGUCCUAAUCUAAUGAGAUUUUUUAAGAAUAUCUCAUCGAAAUACUUUCAGAAACAUACAAAAUGUUUUAGAAAAGAAAAAUCUUCAGUUAUCGACAAGUCAGUUGUAUCUCAUCCGAUUCGUGAUUGUAUUCUCUGGGGUACUGGAGUAGUUGGUUUAUUUCUAACUUAUGCUUAUUAUUCAAAUAAUAUACGGAUUUUACAAAGGUUCCACGGAUCUCGAUCAACCUAAGUGCUAUCUACAGUCGCUACUGUUAUUUAUUGCUUUAUAGUCCUUGAAUUGUGUGUAUUAUCUAGCAUUUCUCUCUCUAAAUAUCCUUCCUAUUCUCGUAAAUCUUCUUGAACCCAUUGUCAAUUCACACAAUUUUCCACCCUUUUUGAAAAUCUCGAUUCUGUAUGAUUUUACAACUUUCCAGUUCCUUUUUUGUUCCUAUGUCAUCCUGGUUGUUCUCCUUGUUAUAGUGUUAAUACAAAGAAGUUCGUCUGUACAUUGUUAUCUGAAAUGAUGGUGAUGUGUUCUCUGAAAUAUUUAGUAUAAUUACUGAGAAAAAUUAGGCUCUGAAGAUGUUCGGAAUGAAAAUUAAUGACAACUCUAGAUCAGAGAACACAUUAAAUUGUUGUCUUUGACUGUUUGUAAUGCAUUUCUUAAGAGCUUCCUCUCUAUCAUUAUCUUAUGCUUGUUUUUAUCACAAAACAUUCAUUGUUACAUCCCUUCUCAAUGCCAGGCAUAAUCAGAGAUGAAAAGAAUGUACGGUAGUUUUUGUAUUACUUUAGUGCACUUUUGUAAACAUAAAUCUUUAUAAUUUUUAGAA